AUGACGAAAGAUGGAAACACUACCAGAAUUGUCAAUGCCGACAACACUACCGGCACCACAACCAUCAUCCAAUUCAACCAUGUUUCCCAACUACCUAUCAAACUUAGUGGCAGUCACAAUUUUUCCACUGGGAAAGCACAGUUCUCCAUGCUUAUGCACGACCAUGAUCUCUAUGGUCACCUUGAUGGGUCUACCCUGAUUCCCACACCGACCACUAUUUUUUACAUCAAUACAACUCCUAAUUCUGCUUAUACGCUUUGGUUCCGUCAGGAUCAACUCAUCCAAAAUGCUCGUAUGGCGUCUGUUGACCCUACCAUUGCUUCCACAGUUGCUGCUGCCAACACAUCCAAACAUACUCGGAUCUUCAGCCUUCGUGACCAACUUGCACGAAUCACAAAAGACAACAUUCCUAUUACCGAGUACCUUCAGCGUAUUCGGUCCCUCUCUGAUGAACUUGCCACUGCAGGUGCUUCGGUCACUAACUCUGAACUUAUCGUCAAGAUUCUUAGUGGACUUGGCCCUGAAUUUCGUGAGAUAUUUGCUGCCAUAUGA